UGAACGGGAAAAAACAAAAUACCCGCCUCCAUUCCCCGUCUCCCCACCUUUCUCUCUCUCUCUCUCUCAAAUCGUAAAGCUAGAGAGGGAGGGGAGUUUGGGAGCAGGGGAACGAGGGAAGAUGGGGGAAGCGAGAGAAGGGGAGGGGGAGGAAAUUGGAAACAAAGGUGGUGGUGGUGGCGGUGGUGGUGGAGGGGGACUGGGGGUGGUGAGGGUGUUGGUGGUGGAUGACUCCCCCGUGGACAGAAAGGUGGUGGAGAUGCUGCUCAAAAAGAGUGGGGAAAUGUUUGAAGUUAUUGCUGUCGACAGUGGAAAGAAAGCAAUGGAUUUUCUUGGCUUGAAUGAAGGGAAGGCUGAAUCUCCCAAAAGUGAUGACCAGAAGAUUGAUGUUAUCCUUAGUGACUAUUGUAUGCCAGAAAUUACCGGCUAUGACCUUCUUAAGGCUGUAAAGGAUAACAUUUGCUCAAGAUCCAUGCCAGUAGUCAUGAUGUCAUCUGAAAAUGAUUCCCAGAGAAUUAGCAGGUGUCUAGCUAUUGGAGCUGAAGAUUUCCUCUUAAAGCCUCUACAAGUGAAAGACAUACAAAGGUUGAGAAACUCUGCUAGGCCAACAGCGCCAGCACCCAGCCAAGACCCCAAGAGAAAGCUGCCUGUUGAUCUGAUAGCACAGAGCAAUGGUUCUGAGCGGCGCCCACACCUUGCUGGAGUUGCGGUAGCGUAAUCGUUCACUUAAUUCCACCUUGUUUUUAUCAUUAAGUCUACGUAGUGAGAUUCCAUGGAGGUCUGUGUUAUCAGGAUCUACUGGUGAUAAGCAAUAUCUUAUUUUUAUUUUCUUAUUCUUUCCCGCAUGCUUACAGGCAUUUUUGCUGGAAUUAUGAGAAUGGGAGCCAUGGAUUUAUGUU